AUCACACAUGCACACACGGGGAAAGUUUGAGGGUGUCACGAUAUCCAGAUUUCUCUUAGAAAGACGAACGGCUUCAACUUGGAAGGACUUCUUCACCCCCUUCGUCCGGCCACCUCUACGCUCCUUCGACACACCCAACAGAGCAAUAUGAUGUGGUCUCCCACUGCUGCCUCGGCUCCCACGGCGCGCCCCACCAGCCCUGAGCAGCCCGCCUCGUUCAGCGUGUCGCGACAGAAGAACCGGGGCCGCCGCAUUGCCCAGAUUGUCAAGCUCAAGCCUGAGUUCCUCGAGGAAUACAAAAAGGUGCACGCUCAUGUGUGGCCCGAGGUUCUCAAACAGAUCAAGCAGUGCAACAUUGAAGACUACAGCAUCUUCUACGAUGAGAGUUCCGGCAUCCUCUUUGCGUCCAUGAAGUACGUGGGAUACGACUAUGCCGGAGACAUGGAGCGCAUGAGGGAAAACCCCAAGGUCCGCGAGUGGUGGGACAUGACCGAUGGCUGGCAGGAGUCGCUGGUCGAAGGCGCCACCAAGAGUAACGUCGAGCCGGGCGAGCCGGGCUGGUGGAAGCCCGUCGAGGAGGUCUUUCAUCUGCCAUAGAGAGCGUUCCACGUAACCCUUUAUUCAUCUUCAUUUCCAGUUGCCAAAUAGACCUCCAAAGGGGCCCUUGCCAUCCUGA